CAGAUUUGAUAGAUGCCCACUGUUUCCUUCAUUGUUCGGCAGGCCGCUGUGAAGGGACACCACCUUUUCCCUUUUUCCAAGAUGGCUCAAGAUUCAGUAGAUCUUUCUUCUGAUUAUCAGUUUUGGAUGGGGAAGCUUUCCGUAUGGGACCAGGCCUCCACUUUGGAAACCCAGCAGGACACCUGUCUUCACCUGCCUCAGUUCCAGGAGUUUCUAAGGAAGAUGUAUAGAGCCUUAAAAGAGAUGGAUUUUAAUACAGUCAUUGAAAGAUUCCCCACCAUUGGUCAACUGCUGGCAAAAUCUUGCUGGAAUCCUUUUAUUUUAGCAUAUGAUGAAAGCCAAAAAAUUCUAAUAUGUUGCUUAUGUUGUCUGAUUAACAAAGAACCACAGAAUUCUGAAGAAUCAAAACUUAACUCCUGGAUACAGAGUUUAAUAUCUCAUAUACUUUCAGCAUUCAGAUUUGAUAAAAAAGAAGUUGGUCUUUUCACUCAAGGUCUAGGGUAUGCGCCUGUAGAUUACUAUCCUGGUUUGCUUAAAAAUAUGGUUUUAUCAUUAGCGUCUGAACUCAGAGAGAAUCAUCUUGAUGGAUUUAACACUCAAAGGCGAAUGGCUCCUGAACGAGUAACAUCCCUGUCACGAGUUUGUGUCCCACUUGUUACUCUGCCAGAUGUUGAACCCCUGGUGGAGGCUCUGCUCAUCUACCAUGGACAUGAACAUCAGGAGAUCCUCUGGCCUGAGUUCUUUGACGCCGUAAAUGAGGCAUUUUUGCAGAAGAAGAUUUCUCUCCCCACGUCAGCUAUAGUCUGCCUGUGGCUUCGGCACCUUCCCAGCCUUGAAAAAGCAACGCUGCAUCUUUUUGAAAAGCUAAUCUCCAGUGAGAGAAAUUGUCUGAGAAGGAUCGAAUGCUUUAUAAAAGAUUCAUCGCUGCCUCAAGCAGCCUGUCACCCUGCUAUAUUUCGGAUUGUUGAUGAAAUGUUCAGGUACGCACUCCUGGAAACGGAUGGAGCUCCGGAAGUACUAGCCACUGUUCAAGUGUUUACACAAUGCUUUGUGGAAGCUCUGGAAAAAGAAAACAAGCAGCUGAAAUUUUCACUCAAGACCUACUUUCCUUAUGCUUCUCCAUCUCUUGCCAUGGUGCUGCUGCAAUACCCUACAGAUACCCCACAGGGACACUGGCACCAGCCACUGAAGCAUAUUUCUGAGCUGCUCAGAAAAAUUGUUGAAGACCAGACUUGUGGGUCCUGUGGAGGCCCCUUUGAGAGCUGGUUUUUGUUCGUUCACUUCGGAGGAUGGGCCGAUAUGGCAGUCGAGCAGUUACUGAUGUCAGAAGCCGAACCCCCUGCGGCCCUGCUGUGGCUCCUGGCAUUCUACUACAGCCCAUGUGACGGGAGUCAGCAGAGAGCACAGACCAUGGUGGAGGUGAGCGCAGUGCUCGGCUGCCUGCUGAGGCUGUCCAGAAGGGCCACCCUCUCAGCCGGGGACCUGCUGGCGGCAGCGGGCGAGGGCAGAGACGCAGACCCCGGGCCACCCGUACCGCAGCUCCUCAGGCGCCUCCUCCUCACCUUCCUGCUCCGGGUUCCUGGAGGCCACGCGAUUGCCCGGGACACCAUCGCCCUGAUGGCACACACUGAUGAGAUAACCCACGAGAUUAUUGGUUUUCUUGACCAGACCUUGUACAGAUGGGAUCGUCUUGGCAUCGAAGCCCCUGGGGCAGGAGAACUGGCCAAAGAGCUCCUUAAAGAGCUGCACGCUCAAGUCCAGCAAAGAAUGUAGACCAUGUGGGUGCCACGUGUGGGA